GGAAGGGGCAGCAACGAUAGAAUCGCCUGGCGAAAAGUCGGCGAGCACCGAGAGUCGAGAGGCGGAAGAGCAGAGUAGCAGCACGACCUCGCCCUCGGAGGGCAGGCACGCCGACGGGACAUCCGGCUCGUCCGUCCUCGAGAUGGGCAGCACGGAUUCGGCGGGCAACGCCCACAGUGGCGGCCCUUCCUGUGGCCUGGUCAGCUCCCUGUUCCCGAGCAGCUGCCGUGGACGAGCUGAAGCCUUCGCCAGACGUCUUCAUCGACGGCUGACGUCUCUGGGUGGCGAGGAGGGAUCGCAACGGAACGAAGACACCUCGAUGCCUAAAGAGACUUCCUGGCUGCGCUCGUCCACCGCUGCGAAAACGGUGGUGAUUAACAAAACGUCCGGCAAUCACGUUCUUCAGCAUCAACCGCGGCACAAUCCCAACACGGAUCUGUGCUACGAUUUCGAGCUAGAGUUCGAAGACGGCCUCAGUUCACCGGCGGAAGAAGCCUCGGCAGCGGAAGUGGCGGACUUAGUGGUGAAUCCGGAAGUGUUGAAGUCGAAUCACCACGGUAUCCAUCACAGCUCGCCUAACGGCUCGAAGGCCAUGAUCUCCAGUCUCGAUUCCGAGUCGCCUCUUAUGGGAACACCACCGGACAGCGAUUCGUCCGACAUCUACUUCGAUCCGGAAUCGUCGGACAUCGAGAAGACGAAGAACGAAGUGUACUUCGAUCCUAUAGCCACCUCGGACAGCGAAGUGGCUACGCCGAAUCUCGUGAACGGUUGUGACACAGUGAGAGCGAAGAAUACGCCGUAUCGCAGGAGGCCGGAGGUCAGCGUGGAACAUUCGGAAGACACGUCGGAGUCUACUUCGUCGAUAAGAAGGAACAAUUUGUGCGAGAAGGAGUACAGGACGAACGAGUUGACGUGCAACUCGGAGGAUUCGAACGAUAAAAGUUCGGAGGAGAUCACGUCGUCCAGUCACGAAUCGCUGUGGAGCACGUUCGACGAGAGCACGUUGUCCCUUCAGGACGAAAGUUCUCCGAGAAUCAGUCCUAGCUUAACCAUGCUUCAGAGCCGACUUCCAAAGUCGCAUUCCGAUUCCGAGAUUCCCGUCCACGGACCCAGCAUAACGAUCUCCCCCUCUUUGAGCAGAAGGGACGCAGAAAUCGGGGAAGGCACCGACGAAGUUGACUUCGUCAAUGGUCUCUCGUCGAACGGUAUGCUCGAGGACAUAAAAAACGCGAGGAACCUCGCGAAGGAAGACUCGCCGGAUUCCUUGGAGGACACGAACGAAGACGAGCUGGCCUACGAGGAGGAGAAGCCCAAGGAUUCGUCGGUGGAACAAUCGAAGAACGUUCUGAAUCUGAAAGCAGACGAAAAUGUCGGCAACGAGACGGACGAUCACUCGACGUACAGUAGUAUGAUCAACAUCCCCGGUGCUCUAACUCUGGAGUGUCCUACGGGAGAGCGAGUGACAGAGGCGACGCUGAAGAACGAGGUGCAGCUGCAGAUCGAGAAUGGGACAGUGAUGAACGACAACGACGAGGACAAGAUGUGUCUCCUUCUGAAGAAACUGGCGACGAGUCCAACGGUGAAAGAAGACGUCCAUGCGCCUAAUACAGAGUCGCAGAAGAACAGUAUCGAUGAGGAAGAGGAGGGAGAGGAGGGACGACCGCAGAAAAUUAGACGCAGUUCGUCGUUGAAAACCGGGAAAACACCACCUGGAACACCUGGAAGGAAGAAGAUCGUCAGAUUCGCGGAUGUUCUAGGCCUAGAUCUCGCGGAUGUGCGAACGUUUCUCGACGAGAUCCCAAAGAUCCCUAACUCAGCGUACAGCGACCUGAUCUACGACGACAUCUUCCAUAAGGACACCAGUCCUGUGAACAAUACGAUGGGCACUGGCACAUUUCAAUGGGGAACCAGGUACGUGGACAGCAGACGUGGCUCAGCCAGCGUGAUGGCACCUCGUAAGCUAGACAGAACUCUGGUACCUCUGUUCCAACAACCCGGCGGUCAGCCUAACUUCCUCGACCUGGUUCGUGAGCGUCGAGUAUGCCUGGAGAACGUCCUCGUCCAGGAUCCUAUCUCUCUGUGCAUCCAGGGCACCGUUCGCGUGAUCAACCUGGAUUUCCACAAAUCGGUGCACAUUCGAUACACGCAGAACUCGUGGCGGAACUUCAGCGACCUGCAGGCCACGUACGUGUUGAACUCGUGCGACGGUUUCAGCGACAAAUUCUCCUUUGUCCUGUACUGUCACACGCUGCCAGUCGGCCAGAGGCUCGAGUUCGCCGUACGAUUCCAGUGCAAGGGUGAGCAGUACUGGGACAAUAACGCCGGAGCCAAUUACUGCUUCCAGUGUUUGCCAGCGUCCUCAACAGUCGGCUACCUACCGAUCACGGCACCGGAGAACAACCAGCACGAGUGGUCGCCUAUGUUCUAUUGAUGGACGCCAUGGCGUUCGCACGGGUUGCCGGUACGUAGACACGGCGAUGCUUCACGAAGACAAGGAGUCUAAAGUGGACCCAAAUAAGGCUAACAAGCGACAGACAGAGAGAGAGAGAGAGAAAGAGAGAGAGAGAGAGAGAGCCUACGGAUGUAUAAACGUUCCUAGAGUGUACCUACUGUACAUAUAACUGUCCUAUUCGAGUCGGCCGGAGGGAUGAGAGGCAGAUCGGAGAGCAGGGAUCGCACUGGCGUCAAUUAUUCUUUCCUGCCAUUUCCCCGAGCAGCCUUUCACUGGACUGGAAGAACUUGACGCACCUGUUAGACUGACAUUUUUUUUUUUUACACGUUCGUUCCUUGUUUGCGAGCGGGGGAAUCCAUAUUCACGACGAGAGACGACGAUACUUCGAUGAACGAACGGGUUGACGCCGUUGGUUGAAUGAGAGAGAGAGAGAGAGAGAGAAGAGAUUUUAAAUGGCUAUUCGAAGUUAACAGGACGAAGAAUCGAUCUUGAAGAUUGGAGAACAGGCGAUCUGGAGGGUUGGAAGAGUUUUAAAGAGAAUUCAGAGUGGGACUGAGCAUACGAAGCACUCGAAUUGUCCAGGAGGA